AUGUCUCUCUUUUCUCGUAGUGGUGUCGGUUUGCCCAUCAAAUUUGUUGCCUGUGGCGAGGGCUUGGCGGAUCUCGCGAGCCAGGCGAACCAGGUGUGCUUCAACCUCGUCCUGCAAACAAUGGGCCGGGCCUUUGAAUGGCAGAGGACUCUGCAGCUGUUGGCCAGCACGCUACACAUGCCGCUUCUUCCCGACGCCAUCGGCGUCAACGCGGCCCUGGGCGCCUGGCGCCGGGGCCUCGCCUGGGGCGCCGCUGCGCGGCUCUUCCUGGAGGGGAUUGGUCUGCAAGCCAUUCGGCCCAACCAGAUCCUGCUGAGCACCUGCGCAGCUGCCUGCCAGGGUGUCUGGGAGCUCGCGGGCGCGCUCUUCGAUGGUGCGGCGGCCGUGGGCACUGCACUGGACCGGAUCAGCCGCAACGCGCAGCUCAGCGUUUUCCAAGACUCUGGACGUUGGAAGAGGGCGGCGGAACUUGCUGGCCGUCAUUCUCCGGAUACUGCAGGCUGCAACGCGGUGGCAAGUGCUUGCGAGCAUUGGGGUCUCUGGGUGCAGGCGGUGGCCUUGAUGAGAAGAAUGGCCGUCGAGUCUGUCCGGCCGGAUACGAUUACAGCGAACAGCAUCAUCAGCUGUGGGGAGAAGCAGGGCAUUUGGACCCUGGCCGGGCGACUGCUGCAGAGCUUUUCGUUGAGUCCAAGCCCUGUGACGUUUGCAGCCACCAUCAGCUCUGCUGGGAAGGCGGCGAAGUGGCAGGUCUCACUCGGUCUGCUGCAAGAUGGUCUCAGGUCGUCGCUGCACUCGCUGGUGGGAUGCUCAGCAGCAGUCUCCGCAUGCGAGAAAGGCAGCCAGUGGCUCGCAGCCGCAUGGAUCCUGCGCAGAAUGGUGGAGUUGCGGCUGCCGCUUGAGCAGGUCGCCCUCCACGCGGCCUUGAGCGCAGCGGCUGGCACUGGGAAGUGGCAAUGGGCCCUCAAUCUGCACCAGGCCAUGUACUGCCAACGGGUGCCCAGCGACAUCAUCGGCCACAAUGCCAUCCUCAGCGCCCUGGAGCACCACGGUCGCUGGCCAUAUGCAGCGCGGCUGCUCGAAGGACUGCCGCAAUCUGGGGCUCGAUGUACCAGCAUCAGCUUCAACGCAGUCAUCAGCACCUUCGAAAAGGCAGCAGAGUGGCGACGGGCCAUUGCCCUGCUACCGCAGCUCGUGGGAAGGCAGCUCGCGCUUCAAGACAUGGGCUGCAACGCAGCCAUGACAGCCUGUCAGAAGGGCGAGCAGUGGCGAAGAGCCACCCGCCUGCUUGGCUACAUGCGAGGCCGCGGUGUGGCUGGCACAGACGUGACCUGCAAUGCGCUGCUCAGCGCCUGCGAAACCGGGGCCUGCUGGCACCAGGCGCUGAGCUUGCUGCGUGGCUUCCUGGCCCGGGCCAUGCGCCUGGGCGAUUUGGCCUGCAACGCGCUGCUGGGCAGCUGCACGGGGGCAGGCCAAUGGCGAAGCGGCCUCGAGGUCUUCCGACUGAUGCUGUCUCGGCGCAUUCGACCAGACAUGACGACCUACAGCAGUGUGGCGCAGCUGUGCGAGGAUGGGGGCCGCUUCCGCUCCGGAGGCGCUGAUGGCGCAGAAGCUGCAGCAGUCCUUCCAACAUACCUGCCGCACCAAACAUGCGUGGCUCAUGCCUCAUGGCGUAGCCACAUAGCCAGACAUCGUGAGCACCGCUGCCCACCCCGCCCAGAAGGGCCCAAGAGGGGACGUGCCACCAAAAAGCCCACUCUUCUCACAGCAUCAAGAUGUCGCUUGACAUGCUGCCGACUGCUGGAGGAACAGCAUGAAGGAUCCAACGCCCGCUCCAAGAAGCCACGGAGUCGACUGCUACAAGGUACUUGUUCCUUGGUGAGCUGCUGA